AUGCUGGUGCUGACUGCCCAGCUGGCAAAAGUGAGCAUACACAGCUCUGUGCCCACAGGGGUUCCAUGGAGCGUCCUCAGGAGCUACUCAUCCGCCAGCACCAAGGAGAAGGCGAACAGGAACAGCACCUGUGAGAGGACGGAGCUGCUGGAAGUGCUCAAAGCUCGAGCAAAGCAACUCCAAAGCAGUGACGCCCCAGAGGUGACAGUCAACAAGGUGGAGCUGGCCCCGCUGGGCAAUGACAAGCACCAGAACCCUCUGCAGAAGGCCAUGGCCUCUGGCCCCACACAGGAGCAGCCAGUUCCCAGGGCAGGGCGGUGCCCAGACCGGCCCCACAGCUGGGUCGAGACGUUGCACAAGGAGACGUGCAUCCAGCAGCUGAAGUUGGAGCGGAAGUUAUCCAUGGCUGCCUCCCAGCUGGAUCUGGGAAGCCAGGCCAAGGCAGAGGCCAAGCCAAAGGCCAAGAUAAAGGCCAAGGCAGAGGCCAAGAUAAAGGCCAAGGCAGAGGCCAAGCCAAAGGCCAAGACAGAGGCCAAACCAAAGGCCAAGACAGAGGCCAAGCCAAAGGCCAAGCCAAAAGCCAAGGCAGAGGCCAAGACAGAGUCAAAGGCAAAGGCCAAGGCAGAGGCCAAGGCAGAGGCCCAGAUAAAGGCCAAAGGCAAACCCAAAGCAAAACCCAUGAAAAGCCUGAAGACUUCAAAAGUUCCAAAGGUGAAAGCAGCCACUACCUGGAGCCAGAGCUCCACCAGCCCCCUCAGCCUCUACAGCCACAGCAAGCCCAGGGUGGUGGCAGUGAAGGAAGGUGUGAAGCUGGAGAGGCCUCGGAGGGCACUGAAGGACAAGGACAGCAGCCAGCACAAGGAGACCAUCCAGUCCACCCUGGAGUGCUUCCUGUUCCUGCAGCAGCCGGAGCAGGCUGAGCGGAUCCUCAUGCUGUGCCACAGAUCUCCAGUGAAGCAGAAGCUGCUGGAUGUCAGUGCCUACAACAUCGUGAUGCGCUGCUGGGCCAGGAAGGGCUGCCUGCAGCACAUCGACGAGCUCUUUUCCGUGCUGGAGUCUGUCGGCCUGCGGCCCAGCCUGGACUCCUACGCAGCAGCACUGCAGUGCACGGGCCGGAACCAGUCGUCCCCCGAGGCCAUCUGGAGAUACCUGGAGCAGCUGAAGAGCGAUGGCUUCCACGUGGAUGAGCUCUUCCAAAAGUGCCUGUUUGAGGAAGAUGAGAAGGAGAAGAUUCUGAGGGCCAUCAGGACUGUCCUGCCCAACUACCAGCUGCCCCCUCCACCCAAGCCCCAGACCUGCAAGUCUACUCUGCUCCAGGACUUCUACUCCAAAGAAAAGGUGGUGUCAUACCCCAAGCUGGAUUUCUCUGUGGAGGAGUUGCAGGAGCGUUUCCAGCAGCAGCUGGAGAUGGAGUUGAACAACACCAUAACCAUCGAGUCAGUGGAGGCAGCCAAGCCCCCAACCCCGCAGGCUGUCAAAGCGCGUGAGCUGCUGGGCACCCUCCGCUCCCAGUGGCACGAUGCUGUUCUCCAGGCCCUGCAGAAGUCCAAGCACAGCAUGGCUAAGGCCAGGGCACUGUCAAAGUACAACAUGCUCUACCCCUACCUGUGCCUGCUGCCGGAUGAGGAGUACGUGGGCAUCAUGCUGCAGGUCCUCAACACACUCUCUCCACAAGGAGAGUCCCUGGCUGUCCUGGCCAGGGAGCUGAGCAACAAGGUCUACAGCAGGUACAUCACCCAUAGGAAGCUGCGCAGCCACCAGCUGGAGAAGCUGCAGGGUGUCUAUGAGGACUACAUCCACCUGCUGGCAAAGGACAGCCAGCCUGACCAGUACUUGCCACGGGAAUACUGGGAGAAGCUGGUGGCAGAAGCAGGCUUCGGUUCCUCCCUGACCUUGAAGGACUGCAGCUGGCCGUACGCGGUCCUCAUGCGCCUGGGCAUGCACAUGCUGGAGCUCCUGGUGAAGGCCGUCACGGUGCCCAGGAACCUCCUCAAUCCUCGUCUGGAGUCCAAGUCUAUUCCUGUCCUCUACCACGUCUACUCCUACCAGAACAUGUGGCAGGUUGGGCUGAUAAAGCCCCAUCCCAUCUUCUCCCAGAUUGUGACGGAUGCUGCAGAGACCACGCUGACCUUCCAUUCCUCUGCCAUGCCUAUGCUGUGUCCCCCAGUGCCCUGGACCUCCCCCCAUUUCGGCGCCUUUGUCGUGAAUGACACCAAGCUGAUGCGCUUCGUGGAUGGGGACAUCCAGCAUCAGCUGCUGCUGGAGCAGUGUCCGCCCGUGAACCUCCAUCCCGUGCUGGAUGCCCUGACCCAGCUGGGCAACUGCGCUUGGAAGAUCAACCAGCCGGUGCUGGAUAUCAUCAUCUCCAUCUUCAACGACAAAGGCAACGAGCAGCUGGACAUCCCACCGCCCCUCUCUGAGGCCCCCAAGCCUCCCACCGCUCCCGGCCAUUCCUCGACCUGGAGCAAGUCCCUCAAGCGCGAGCUGUUGCUGUGCAAGAAGAAGGCUGCAGAGAUGCACAGCCUGCGCAUGGACGCGCUCUACAAGCUCUCCAUCGCCAACUACGUCAGGGACAAGGUGUUCUGGUUCCCUCACAACAUGGAUUUCCGCGGCAGGACUUACCCGUGCCCGCCGUAUUUCAACCACCUGGGGAACGAUGUCACCCGGGCCAUCCUGCUGUUUGCAGAGGGGAGGCCGCUGGGGCCCAGGGGCCUCGACUGGCUGAAGAUCCACCUCAUCAACCUGACGGGGCUGAAGAAGAAGAACGCCUUGCAGGAGCGGCUGGAGUACGCCAACGAAAUCAUGGAGGAGAUCCUGGACUCAGCUGACCACCCGAUCACGGGCAGGAAGUGGUGGAUGAACACUGAUGAGCCCUGGCAAGCCUUGGCAUGCUGUAUGGAAAUCGCCAAAGCCUCAAGGUCCCCAGAUCCGGCAGCCUACAUCUCUCACUUCCCAGUUCACCAGGAUGGCUCCUGCAACGGGCUGCAGCACUACGCAGCGCUCGGCCGGGACCUCAUCGGUGCUUUGUCUGUCAACCUGAUGCCCUGCAGUGUCCCCCAGGAUGUCUACAGUGCGGUGGCCCAGCAGGUGGAGGAGUUUCGGAAGAAGGACGCCGAGCGGGGGGUGAAGAUCGCCCAGGUGCUGCAGGGCUUCAUCAGCCGCAAGGUGGUGAAGCAGACGGUGAUGACGGUGGUGUACGGGGUCACGCGCUACGGCGGCCGCCUGCAGAUAGAGAAGCGUCUCAAGGAGAUCGAUGACUUCCCUGAGGAAUACUUGUGGGAAGCGUCUCACUACCUGGUGAGGCAGGUGUUCAACAGCAUCAAGGAGAUGUUCUCAGCAACUCGAGAUAUCCAGCACUGGCUGACAGAGAGUGCCAAGCUCAUCUCCCAGUCGGGGCGGACAGUGGAGUGGGUCACACCGCUGGGGCUCCCCAUCGUGCAGCCCUACUAUCGCUUCAAGUCCACUGUGCUGAAUUGUGGCAUGCAGAACUUGAGCGUGAGAACCCCCAGUAGCAGCCAGAAGCCUGAUACUGUGAAGCAGAAGAACGCCUUCCCCCCCAACUUCAUCCACUCCCUGGACUCCACACACAUGAUGCUCACAGCUCUGCACUGCUUCAGGCAGGGUCUGACCUUCGUCUCAGUCCACGAUUGCUACUGGACUCACGCACUCACCGUGGACAUCAUGAACCAGAUCUGUCGGCAGCAGUUUGUGGCUCUGCACAGCGAGAAGAUCUUGCAGGAUCUGUCUGAGUUUAUGCUGGAGAAAUACUGCAGCCCCAACACAGAGACCAUAGCCGCUUGGCAGAAGAAACUAAUGGAGCAGCUGUCAAAUGUCCCCAGGACAGGUGAAUUCAACCUCAAGCAAGUGAUGGAUUCCACCUAUUUCUUCAGCUGAGCCAUGGCUGCCUGCAGAGCCCUGAGCUACCUCUGGACCUCUCUGGCUGCAGUGGGUGCCAGGCCUGUCCCCCAUCUCACGGGGAAGGGGGUGCAGCUGCCAGCCCAGCAAGAGACCUGCCCCACAGCGAGGUGCUGGGGCACUCUGGGACUCUGCAGGAGCAGCCAGUGGGGGCCAGGCUCUGCACUGCUUGCCAUCACUACCUGUGUCCCAGCACCUGGAGAGGGCACCCAGCCCUGAGCUGGGGUGGGGCCAAAGGGGGCAACAGUAGACAGGGCUGGCUCCCCUCAAACUUCACCUUCACUGUGAGCCCCAGCCUUUGCUGUGCUGUUGCCUGUCCUGGGGUGCUGUUCCUUUCCACCAGUGGAGCUCAGACCUGGAGGGACAGGCAGCCACUCUGGACACAGCAGGAGCCCUGGCCCUGCUCUUGGCUAUGGGGUGGGUGCUGCUCCAUGCUCUGCCCCAGCUCUGGGCACUGUCCCCACUCUGUAGCACAGCCUCUGCAGCUCCUGACUCCCGUUUCCAGGGCGGGGUUUUGCUGCUGCUCACUGGGGCUCAAACAGGGAAAACCACUAAUUCAGGGGUCAACAUGUACAGUACUGUAAAUAAAAUGGUUUUUGAAAUAC